AUGCAAAGAGUUGGAACUUGUACAGCAGAGGACAGCUGCUUUAUAAAAACCCACUCGAACGAUGUCGGCGGACCAGUAGCAGUCGACCCUUCUCGCGAUGUUGAAAAGGCCGGAGUAGGGGGUUGCAAUGAUUCAGAAACGGGUAAAACUGUAACUGACCCUGAGAAAGGCGCAACAACUCCAGACGAAAACCGGCUCUUUGGAUCGAACGAAAAUGAAAAUCAGGAUACAGAGCUUGAUGACUCGUCCGUCACCGGCCAGGAUGACAAGAACGACUUCCCAGAGGGCGGGCUGAAAUCCUGGAGUGUGGUUGUUGGUGCUUUCUGCGGCCUGUUUUCCGUCUUCGGCAUCAUCAACAGCACCGCGGUCCUUCUGCAAUAUAUGCAAGAAAACCAGCUGAAGGACUAUUCUCCCAGUGAGAUAGGAUGGAUCUUCGGGCUGUCCCUCUUCCUGACAUUCUUCUGCGGAGCACCCAUUGGCCCAAUAUUUGACGCCUAUGGCCCGAAACUCCUGAUUUUCUGUGGGAGCAUCCUCCUCAUCGCUUCAAUGUUCCUCUUAGGCCUGUGCACCCAAUACUGGCACUUCAUCAUGGUCUACAGCGUCCUCAACGGCAUCGGCGGCGCUCUCAUCAACACGCCGUGCAUCGCCUCAGUCGGCCAUUUCUUCCUCGUCAAACGGGGCAACGCCACAGGAAUAGCCAUGACUGCCGGCAGCAUCGGUGGUAUUAUUUUCCCCUUGAUGCUCCAGCAGCUCUUUCCGGCAAUAGGCUUUGCCUGGGCAACCCGGUGUGUUGGAUUCAUCCUCGUGUUCCUCCUAGUGAUAGCCAAUAUUCUUGUCCAGAGCCGCUUGCCUCGCAAGAAAAUCGGCAGUUUCAAGAAAAUAUGUCCGGACCUGACGGUCUUUAAAGACAUACCAUUCACGCUCGUCACGGUUGGUAUCUUUUUUAUGGAAUGGGGGAUCUUCGUCCCGCUAACAUAUAUUACAUCCUACGUGAUAGCACAUGGUCACAGCACUGCGUUCGGGUUUCAAAUCCUCGCGAUUGUGAAUGCUGGUUCUUUCUUCGGGAGAUUCUUCGCUGGUCUUGUCGCAGAUAUGAUAGGGAGGAUAAACACCCUCACCCUCACCCUCGCCAUGUGCGUAGUUGCCUGCCUGGCCUUGUGGCUUCCGGCCAGUGAUUCCACCGCCAUGGUCGUCGUCUUCUCCGUUAUUUUUGGCUGCGUCAGUGGGAGUAAUCUUAGCCUGAGCCCCGUAUGCGUUGGUCAGAUGUGUAAAACGGAGCAUUAUGGCCGAUACUUCGCCACGUGUUGGAUGUUUGUUUCUUUUGGGACAUUAACCGGCCUCCCAAUUGCUGGACAGAUCCUCACCGCCAAUGGGGGCUCCUACGACGGCCUAGUUAUCUUCGCUGCACUGUCCUACACUGUAGCAAUGUUCUGCCUUAUAGCGGCUCGAGUUCUUCGUGUCGGGUGGAAGAUAACAGCUGUGUACUGA